GCCUGACACCAAAAGGUAAACAGACUUGUUUUGAUCUGUCAAGAAAUCAGGCGACUGUGCUAGCUAGUCACUCCACAAAGGAUAUGGUGUCAUUGCGACAGAAACAACCAAUAUAAAACCGUUUGUUUUUGACGAACACGAAGAUAUUUUCGCACAGUGGCGUUGUUUCCGUUUUUAAAUUGUCCAGCUUGGUGUUUUUGUGAGUGCGUUUCACCAGCUAGCGAGCUAACAAGCUGAUAGCUUGCUAGCUGCUGUUACCGUUAAAACUAACUUAACAUUACCUGACAGGUGAGCGACGCAGUGGCAACUAGAAGUAGGUCGAUGGUAGGGCGUAUACGUCUUUUUUUGUAGCUAUUAAGCUAUUGUGUGAAUCGUGUGUAUUAUAACUUAUUAAAUAUCUGCAACGUUACAGAGACUAUGCAGUGAAUUUCAAGCAACCUUGAGCACCCUUCUUUAGCCACUAGCUUCCCAGCUUCUCCCCCCUCUUCCUGUAUGUUUCUCUACGUAUCGACAUUAACUUAUAAGAAAUAUGCGCAGAGAAUGAUAUUAGCAGUCGUCAGAUGAACGCGAUGAAGCCCUUGUGCGCUGCCAUGGCUGAGAAUGGAGAGCUGAGUCCAGUGGGAGGACGCGCUGGCACAGCGGGCCGCCAGGGCCGACAGACCUACAGAAGUUCAGCCCAUUUCCGAAGCCUGCUGGACGGCCUGCUGUCUCUCAGACAAAGUGGCAUCCUGUUUGAUGUAGUGCUGCUGGUGGAGGGUCGACCCAUCCAAGCCCAUCGUAUACUUCUGGCAGCCUCUUGCGAUUAUUUUAGGGGAAUGUUUGCUGGAGGCCUUCGGGAGACACAGCAAAAAGAGAUCCCAAUUCAUGGAGUAUCUUACAUGGCCAUGAAAAAAAUACUUGACUACAUCUACACUUCAGAGAUUGAGUUAGACCUGGAGUGUGUGCAGGAAGUCCUGAUUGCUGCCACGCUAGUACAGCUUGAGAUUGUCAUCGGCUUUUGCUGUGAUUUCCUUUUCUCCUGGCUGGAUGAGAGCAACAUUUUAGAGGUGUAUAAUCUAGCUGAUCUCUACGGAUUGCAACAACUUAAUGCCAGGGUCCACUCCUACAUCCUCAGGAACAUCCAGACUUUGUCUCGAACCGACGUGUACCGACAGCUCCCUCAAGAUGAAGUCUUCAGAGCGCUGAGCAGUGAUGAGCUUCAGGUGAACAGUGAAAAUGAGGUGUACGAGGCAGCUCUUCACUACCACUACAGUCCUGUGCAGGUGGAAACUGACCAGGUGUACUUGCAGGUCAGUCAGAAGGAGAAUCUCAAGAUGCUCGAUGCUGUUCGUUUCUGCCUUAUUGAGAAACAAGUGUUGCAGAGGCUGUAUGGCAGACUAAACCAGUGUCCACUGAAGGAUUCUGUGUCAGCCGCCCUGCGCUACCAUGAGCAGGAGAUCUGGCAGCCCGUCCUGCAGAGUCCUCUCACCCAGCCACGGUCCACCUUCCAAUGUAUAUUGGGCUUCGGGGGGAUGUUCACCUCCAGCUCCCUCACAGACAGAGAGCAUUUGUUUCAGGUGUUCCACCCGAGCUGGGGGAUGUGGAAGACUCUCACUGCAGCUCACGCACCCCGAAUGUCCAACCAGGGCGUCGCUGUGCUCAACAACUUUGUUUAUCUCAUUGGAGGAGACAAGAACACCAGUGGAUUUCGUGCAGAGACCCGCUGCUGGAGAUAUGACCCUCGUCACAACAGCUGGUGCUCCAUCCAGCCUCUGCAGCAGCAGCAUGCUGACCAUUGUGUUUGUGUGCUGGGUGGCCAUAUUUAUGCCAUUGGAGGGCGUGACUACUGCAAUGAACUGGAGUCAGUGGAGCGCUAUGACCCACACACCAACAUGUGGGAAUUUGUAUCACCCCUAAAGAGAGAGGUUUACGCCCAUGCAGGAGCAGUGUUAGAUGGGAAAAUUUAUAUAACAUGUGGGCGCAGAGGAAUGGCAUACCUCAAAGAGACAUACUGUUUUGACCCUGUGGCCAAUGACUGGACAGCAUGUGCCGAGGGGCCAGUGGAGCGGGCGUGGCACGGCAUGGCGGCUGUUAAUGGACGUGUCUAUGUUGUCGGUGGAAGCAAUGAUGAGCGUGGAUAUCGUCGGGAUGUCCUGAAGGUGGGAUGCUUUGACCCUGAAGCCAACUCUUGGUCUUUAAUGACCCCCCUCCCUGCUGGACAUGGAGAACCCGGCGUAGCAGUGCUGGACAAUCGCAUCUACAUCCUGGGAGGACGCUCUCACGACAAAGGCAAAAGGAUGAAGUACGUUCACGUGUACAACACCGACACAGACGAGUGGGAGAAUGAGACACGGUUUAAGGAGCGUGUCUCUGGCCUGGCGGCCUGCGUGGUGCCCAUGCCUCCUGCUGUGAUCGCCCAUGCCAAGAGCUUGGAGCAGCACACCAAGGCUUCAUGGGAGGAUGUGGACAUGGACAACUCAGAGGACUCCAGUGAGGAUUGAAGCAGCUGUGUUGAACUGGAUGUGAGCACUGGAGACUGCCAUGCACUUUUCUUACACAGCAUGUUGAACUUUAAGUACCAUGAGGAUAUUUUGGGGGGCAAUGCUUCUGGCAGCAUCUUGUCCUUCUUGCAAAUUGACCAGUUUGAGUGCCUCUGAACCAAAGUGUCAGGUUCAGGACCUUUGCACACUUUUUGUUCCUCUUCAGAUAUCUUAUAAUAAUCGUGUCUGCCUCCUGAAAUGCUAAUGCUACUGUCCCUGAUCCCUCAGUAUUUCUUGUAACUGUAGCUGCCUCUCCAUUGUUACACAGAGAGAACCUCUAUAUCCUCAAGUGAAAGAAAGCAGUGACGACUACUGGGUAUGCAAUGCAUGGUAAUAUGGAUCUCUGUGAAGAUUCUGAGUCAUCCGGGUCAUAUUUAUCUGACGUGGGUUAAACUGGACUUGGUUGAAGGUACUUAAGAAGUUUUGCCUCAUCAUUUUAAGAAGGUGUCAGGAUUUGUGGUGUAGGAAGGUGGUGGAGAAGGUUGGUGGACCCAAAUGCAGAACCCUAAGUCUGACUGGUGCAGUUCAGAAAUUUAUUAAGCAAACAAAAGGUGAGCACACUUAAAACUGAGUGGCUGAGUCCAUAAUCCAAAUAAUAGUAGUCCAAGCAAACACGGUGAUCCAACAGAAAAUCUAAAAACGAGUAUAAUCCAAAAACCACACAGGAUUAGGGUUGACCUGAACUAAGAGCAAAACAACACAGAAGUACACAGACCAGGAGUAAACCCAUAAGACAUGAACUAAUGGUACAGGACUAAGAACUAAGACACCGAACAAGGAACUAAGAUACGAGACAAGACAGAUACUAAGUAACUUAAAGAUGAGGAUGAAUAACAAUAAUAAUAAAGUCUACACAGAGACUAAAGCAGAAGGAUCAAAAUCAGAUUAAUUAAUGAAACUGGAGAGAACAUAAAUAGACACCUAGCAAAAAGACAGAACUCAAGCAUUGUGGUACAGAAACUAAUACAUGAGCUGACGGAUAAUAACCAGAUAAACAAUAACAUCAGGUAGAGGACGCACUAAAGGUAGCAAGCAAACUAAAAACUAAGUCUGAACUAACAGCACAGCAAAAGGGAUUCUAACUAAUAAGACAGGGCGGCUAAGGGAGGCAAGAUAACAGAACAACACAGACCACGAAGGAUACAAGACCACAGACUAUAUAACAGAUACCGAGCUGAUUAAUGAAAUAAACUCGGAGAACUAAACGGAACAGGUGACAGGACUAACAUGCAGAUACAAAACCAAAACCUUAGAAUCAAAACCCAAUAACACAGCAUUCAGGACAGGGUCGUGAGAGAAGGCUUCCUUAGUUAGUUAACCCACCUUGAAUGGUAAUACGGACUUUUCCUAGCUGCCAAGAUUUGUUCUUUUAAGGAUAUUUAAGGAAAUAAUUUCGUUCUUCACCCUAGCAGCUAUGGUUAUGGCGUUGUGUUCAUAUCCAAACUACUGAGUAAUCAUGAAGUUGUUCUAAUUUAACAUUGUGCCUUUUCCUGAACUUGUUUUGUGAAAUGUAUUUCUAUGUUUCGGUGCAUUCUGUGGAUGGAGAUGAGACUUAGGUAUUGUGCCUCUAAUAUCAUGAUUGGUUUUGAAAAACGUUGUUGAACCGAGUUGUGUUUGCACCCGAAUGAUGAAGCGCCUGUGCUCCAGGUCGGUGACCUCAGCUCACAACAUAUUGCCACGUCUGUAAAUUAUUUCUGUCUUGAUAUUUGUCCUUUCAUUGAUCUUUCAUACUGUAUAUGCUAUUCCAUGACUCAAUCCAAAGAGCACAAUGAAGAAGGUUUUAGAAUAUUUCCUUUCACUUUGCUCCAUGCUUCUGCUUGUUGCCUCAGUUCAUUGUUAGGCUGUUUAAUAUUGGCAUUUAAGAAGAUUAAUGACACCUGCUACACUGUGUAUAUGUCUCUAUUGUUGGAAAACUCCAGUGUAGUUUAAAAUGUACCUUUCUCUUUUAUAUAAUGAGCGUUAUGUCCUAAGAAAAAAAAUGCUGUGCACUAGAACACACUGUCACACAAGAUAUGCAAACUUGGUAUCCUACUCAUGAGAUUAGUUUUGAAAUUUAAUAAAAAUUGUAAUAUAUCA